GCGACCUCGCCCGCCCGGCCCGGCCCCCGCCCCUCGCUCUGCCGCUCCGCCCCCGCGGGGCGUCCCGGGCCGCUGGUCCCCUCAGCGGCAGCCGCGCGCGGCCCGGGGUCGCCCAGAAACCAAGCAACAGCAGCCCUUGGAGAGAGGCUGUUUCUUGACUUGUCCAGUGACAAAGACCUGGAGGAAGUUAGCACUUCUGACUCACUCUGCCGACACCCUACCACCCAGCCCAAGACAGCCUAGGCUGGACAUUAGUGCCUCCUUUGUUCCUCUGUGAUCAUCCAGAUUAGCAUUUUACUGUUUAUUUUCAAGUCUCACAAACCCAGGCCCCAGAUCUUCAUAUUCUGGUUCUCAGCUGCUCUUAAAGGACAGUGACUUGUUACCACCACAGCAGCAGAGCCUACCAUCCCCAGCAGAUCUCCAGUCAGCCUCUGACAUCACUCCCCUCCCUUGUCUCCCUUUUUGACCUCCUAAAUGCCCAUCUCGUUGGCCUGGGUUCAGCUGGUGGUAUGGAGGGGUGCUGCCUAGCACUGACGGAGUGUGUGUGACCCAUUGACCCAAUGGACAUCAAAGGACAGUUUUGGAAUGAUGAUGAUUCGGAGGGAGAUAAUGAAUCAGAGGAAUUUCUCUAUGGAGUUCAGGGGAGCUGUGCAGCUGACCUAUAUCGACACCCACAGCUUGAUGCAGACAUUGAAGCCGUGAAGGAGAUCUACAGUGAGAACUCUGUAUCCGUCAGAGAAUAUGGAACUAUCGAUGACGUGGACAUUGACCUCCAUAUCAACAUCAGCUUCCUUGAUGAGGAAGUUUCUACAGCCUGGAAGGUCCUCCGGACAGAACCUAUUGUGUUGAGACUGAGAUUUUCUCUUUCUCAGUACCUUGAUGGACCAGAACCAUCAAUUGAGGUUUUCCAGCCAUCGAAUAAGGAAGGAUUUGGGCUGGGUCUUCAGUUGAAAAAGAUCCUGGGUAUGUUCACAUCCCAACAAUGGAAACAUCUCAGCAACGAUUUCUUGAAGACCCAGCAGGAGAAGAGGCACAGUUGGUUCAAGGCAACUGGGACCAUCAAGAAGUUCCGAGCUGGCCUCAGCAUCUUCUCACCCAUCCCCAAGUCUCCCAGUUUCCCUAUUAUACAGGACUCCAUGCUGAAAGGCAAACUUGCUGUACCAGAGCUUCGGGUUGGGCGCCUCAUGAACCGUUCCAUCUCCUGUACGAUGAAGAACCCCAAAGUGGAAGUGUUUGGCUACUCUCCCAGCCCCCAGGUCAGUGGUCACUGCAAGAACAUCCCCACUCUGGAAUAUGGAUUCCUUGUCCAGAUCAUGAAGUACGCAGAGCAGAGAGUCCCGACACUGAAUGAGUACUGUGUGGUGUGUGACGAGCAGCAUGUCUUCCAGAACGGCUCCAUGCUCAAGCCAGCCGUCUGUACUCGUGAACUGUGCGUUUUCUCCUUCUACACACUGGGAGUCAUGUCUGGAGCUGCAGAGGAGGUGGCCACUGGAGCAGAGGUGGUGGAUCUGCUGGUGGCCAUGUGUAGGGCAGCUUUGGAGUCCCCUAGAAAAAGCAUCAUCUUUGAGCCUUAUCCCUCUGUUGUGGACCCCACUGAUCCCAAGACUUUGGCCUUUAACCCUAAGAAGAAGAAUUAUGAACGACUUCAGAAAGCUCUGGAUAGUGUGAUGUCCAUCCGGGAGAUGACCCAGGGAUCAUACCUAGAAAUCAAGAAGCAGAUGGACAAGCUGGAUCCCCUGGCCCAUCCUCUCCUGCAGUGGAUCAUCUCUAGUAACAGGUCACACAUUGUCAAACUACCUCUCAGCAGGCAGCUGAAGUUCAUGCACACCUCACACCAGUUCCUCCUGCUGAGCAGCCCUCCUGCCAAGGAGGCCCGGUUCCGGACUGCCAAGAAGCUCUAUGGCAGCACUUUUGCCUUCCAUGGGUCCCACAUUGAGAACUGGCAUUCGAUCCUGCGCAAUGGGCUGGUGAAUGCAUCCUACACCAAACUGCAGCUGCAUGGAGCAGCCUAUGGCAAAGGCAUCUACCUGAGCCCCAUCUCCAGUAUUUCCUUUGGAUACUCAGGAAUGGGAAAAGGACAACACAGGAUGCCCUCCAAGGAUGAGCUGGUCCAGAGAUAUAACAGGAUGAAUACUAUCCCCCAGACCCGAUCCAUUCAGUCAAGGUUCCUGCAGAGUCGGAAUCUAAACUGUAUAGCACUUUGUGAAGUCAUUACAUCUAAAGACCUCCAGAAGCAUGGGAACAUCUGGGUGUGCCCUGUGUCCGACCAUGUCUGCACACGGUUCUUCUUUGUAUAUGAGGAUGGUCAGGUGGGCGAUGCCAACAUUAAUACUCAGGACCCCAAGAUACAGAAGGAAAUCAUGCGUGUGAUCGGAACUCAGGUUUAUACAAACUGAGGGGGCCCAGCCCUCGUACCACCCCUGUUCCCCCCAGGAUUCAUCUGCCCUUACUAAAGGGCUCAGGAACAGCUAGUGAUGCUGCCCUGAGGAACCAAGGGGCAGGAAAAGGAUAGAAGAGGCGGCCUUCAUAGUGGAGAUUGACCCAGGAACCACUCCACAUUUGGAUGGCUCAGACUGACCCCCUAUCCCUGAUAUUCCCAGUUGAUUUCACCCUGUUUGUAAAUAAAACAAUAAAAUGGAAGGUGCUGUGGACUGGAUAUGA